AUGUUCAUUAACAAGAAGCACUUCACCAAUGCCAUCGUCGGGGCACUAGUUGCACUCUCCAUCAUUGCCCUUGUUCUCAGCCUGGUAAAGAUUGAAGAUGUCGCCCUGCCACCGACGGUCAAGUAUGGGAUGGUGUUUGAUGCAGGCUCGUCCCACACCUCUCUGUUUGUCUACGAGUGGGAUUCAGACAAGGAGAACGACACUGGUGUGGUCAGCCAGACCUUGUCCUGUGAUGUCCAGGGGCAAGGCAUAUCGAGCUAUCACCACCCCCUCUGGCCGCCAGCACUACGAAGAUACUUAGUCCUUCUUAGGGAACAGAACAGCUCAGCGGCAGACCAAGUCCUGGCCGAAGUUGCUAAAACCAUGCGAGAGUACCCCGUGGCUUUCAAAGGGGCUCGAAUCCUUACAGGAGAGGAGGAGGGGGCUUAUGGCUGGAUCACCGUCAACUACCUGCUGGACUCCUUCACUAAGUACUCCCCCAAAGCACACACAUGGGUUCGUCCAGAGGCGGCCAACAUUUUUGGGGCGCUGGAUCUUGGAGGAGCAUCCACUCAAAUCAGCUUUAAGCCCAAGGGUUCGGUGAUAAACUGGAAUGAAGCCUCCAAGUUCACGCUGUACGGGUAUAACUACAACAUCUACACACACAGCUACCUCUGCUACGGGCAGAACGAGAUGCUGAAGCGACUGGCAAAGGAAUUAAUUGCGGAGUCGUCCUCCAGCAUGCGAGUCGCUCACCCUUGCUACCCAAAAGACUACAGUGAAGCCGUCUCGCUGUCUUCCUUCCGCACCAGCCCCUGCACCAACCGGAGCGACCCACGCCUGACCCUCGGCGACAGGAACGUGACCCUGGAGGGCAGGGGCAAUGCCAGCGGGUGCCUGGCUGCUGUCAAGAAGCUGUUCAACUUCUCGGCGUGCGGCCAGAGCCAGGACUGCACCUUCGACGGCGUCUACCAGCCCCCUGUCAGCGGGCAGUUCAUUGCCUUCUCUGCCUUUUACUAUAACUUCAAGUUUCUCAACCUGACCGAGGGGCAGCCGCUGGCCACUGUCAGGGAGACCAUCGAGCAUUUCUGCACAAGAAGCUGGGAAGACCUGUCUUCUCGCUACCCCAAGGAGAAUCCUGAGCGACUGCCUAAAUACUGUGCCAAUGCCAACUACAUCCUCACACUCCUCCUCGAUGCCUACAAGUUCAAUGAGACCAGCUGGAACAACAUCUUCUUCCAGAUGAAGGCUGGGAACGCCGACAUCGGCUGGACGCUGGGGUACAUGCUGAACCUCACCAACAUGAUCCCGGCGGAGGCUCCGGUGUGGGUGAAGGGGCACGUUCCUUCCCUGUGGGCUGCAGCCGUCAGCUUCAUCAUCCUCACCUUUGCCUUGGGGCUUGCUGCCCUGCUCCUGCUCUUGUGGGUGUAG